AUUGAACCAUACAAUCACAUUAUGAAAAUACCUGGAAAGCAGUUUCGAAGUAGAAUGGCAGUAGCAUUGGAUCAUUGGCUAAAUGUUCCGUUUGACAAAAUAGUGAAAGUCGGAGAGAUAAUACAACUGUUGCAUAAUGGAAGUUUGCUCAUUGACGAUAUCCAGGAUAGUUCAGUACUUAGACGGGGCGUUCCAGCUGCUCAUCAACUGUUUGGUGUUCAAUUCACUAUGAAUACUGCAUGUUACAUAAUCACUCAUGCAUUGAUUCAAACUAAUGAAGUUGGAGGUGCGGCGGCAAACGAAAUAUUUUGUCAUGAGCUGCUUGAGCUACAUCGUGGCCAAGGAGCUGAUAUAUUUUGGCGUGAUAACUCAAUUUGUCCAACGGAGCAUGAAUACAAACUGAUGGUUGUUCGCAAAACUGGUGGUUUGUUUCUAAUGUUGAUUCGUCUGUUGCAGUUGUUUAGUGAAAACAAACGUGAUUUUUCAAAACUGGCUGGUCUGAUGGGACUGUUUUUCCAGAUCAGAGACGAUUAUUGCAGUCUUAAGUCUAAAGAUUACACAACAAAUAAAACGUUUUGUGAGGAUUUAUCCGAGGGGAAAAUGAGCUUUCCGGUAGUCCACUCCAUCAUGGUUAUGAAAGACAGAGAAGUCUUGCAUAUGCUGAGAAAACGAAGCACGAACGUUGAGGAGAAAAAGUAUUGUGUAGAGCUAUUGAAUAAAAAUGGAAGCCUCCGGUAUACGGCAGACAUGUUAAAAAUACUUGAAGGAGAAGUGAGAACAGAGAUUGCUCAUCACGGAGGAAACCCAUUUAUGGAAAAGUUGGUUGAUGAACUGGCUGCAUGGAAGACUAUGGAAAACAAUUGACCGUGUGAACAUUUAAGUUGACAUGUUUUCUUCAUA